GAUGUUAAUUUCCUUGGGGGCGCGAGGCCUUCUUUCUUCCUAUCCAGUUUCGUUUGGAACUUUCUUCAAACACCUUCCAACUGUUAACGUUUCCACACUCAAAUUCAACCUCGGUCCCGCCGGGAAAACCACCCUCAAGCUCUUCUCCACCUCCACCAACGCCGCCGCGUCGGCGGCCCUCGAGACACCCCAUUUUCGGACAUUGACCUGUGACCAAAAAUAUCAAAUUCGGCUUUACGUUGAUGCUCUUCUGCAAUGGAACCAGAAAAUGAAUCUCACGGCGGUGAGAGAAGAAAACGAGGUGAUGGAGAGGCACGUCGAGGACUCGUUAGCGAUUAUAGAUCCUGUUCGCGAUUCCUACCUAUCGCAUUGUGGGAGUUCUUUUGAAAAAUUGAGUGUUGUCGACGUUGGAAGUGGAGCUGGGCUUCCGGGUCUGGUUCUUGCUAUUGCGUGCCCGAGUUGGAAUGUUACACUGUUAGAGUCAAUGAAUAAACGCUGCGUCUUCUUGGAGCAUGUUGUUGGUCUCAUUGGCUUGCAAAAUGUGAAAGUUUUGCGGGGUCGAGCUGAGAAUCUAGGUCAAAAUCUUGACUUCAGAGAGGGUUUUGAUAUUGCAGUUGCUAGAGCAGUUGCAGAAAUGAGAGUUCUGGCUGAGUACUGUCUGCCUCUAGUCCGUGUUGGUGGUUUGUUUGUCGCGGCAAAAGGUCAUGAUCCUCAGGAGGAGGUUACAAAAGCUGAAAGAGCUAUUCAUUUGAUGGGUGCUUCUCUCUUGCAAACAUGUUUUGUGGAAUCACACAGCAAAUAUGGACAAAGAACAGCCAUUAUGUGUGUAAAAGACGGUCCCACCCCAAGAAAAUAUCCUCGUGCUCCCGGUACUCCAGCAAAGCUACCAAUGUGAAGAGGAUGCUCAAUCAGUACGCAUUUGUUGUUCAUCUGUUGUACCAUAUUGUCUUUGACCUGUUCAUUAACAAAUAGAAUUCCACUUCUGUAAUUCGACUGGGAAACAAAUUGAUGUAUAGCUUAUCAGCAUGAAACAGUUUUGUCACUUUGUUCUUCUUUGCAGUUCUUCCAUCUCUUCUUACUCCUCUUGUGCAUGAGUACGAAAUUGCUCCUUUUUCCUAGUAUUGGUCGGAAGCUCCUUUCGUAUUCGGUGUACAUUCACGUGCAUCAACUCUGGAACAUCAUGAGAUUAUAUCUCUUCUGGGAAUCCGAUGACUGUUGCUUGGAAUCCCAGACAUGCUUUGUGGCUUCCUUAUGAUGUGCUCCCCGCUCGUUGUAUUUCAUUUGUUGAAAUGUAUUAACCGUUAUUCAUCAUCCUUAAA